UCCCGCGCCCUGAGAGGGCGGGGAGCGAGGUGUCGGCGAGCUUGGCUCUUCGCGCAGCAGGGUCAUGAGGAAGAGGCGGCGGGGGCGUGGAGCUGCCGUAGCUGCCCGCCGGGCUGGUGGCGUGGCUCUGUGGGAAGGGCGCCGUUCCUAACCCGCUCGCGGGGCGGCGGCCGGGGCUCGGGGCUGAGAGCGGCCGUGGGGCCGCCGGGCCCCCGGGCUCCGCCAUGUUCCGAAGGGCACGGCUCAGCGUGAAGCCGAACGUCAGGCCCGGGGCCGCCCCCAGGGCCCCCGCCGCGCCCGCUCCCCAGCGGGGACGGGAGGCUGCCCGGCCUCCGGAGCCUGCCGCGGCCUCGGGCCCGAAGCCCGCGGAGUCCACGGCUGCGCCCCCGGCGGGUCUCGGGGGAGCGCAGCCCCCAGAAAAGGCUCCCAGGAGCAGUGAUGAAAAGCCUGAUGGUGAGAAUGUUGUUGAAGAAUCCGGUAAAUCUUCCUCUACUGUUUCACAGAGAAAAAAGCGAGUAUCACGUACCCCUACUCUGGUUAAGCCUAGUGUCAGCGUUCCUUCAGAACCUCACCCCUUAUCUCCAGUUAAUAAAGAAGCUCCUCAGCCAGACCCUGUCCCAGCAAAGGAGAAACAGCCAUGCUCAGACAGAUAUCGAAUAUAUAAAGCCCAGAAACUGAGAGAAAUGUUGAAAGAAGAAUUGAGAAAAGAGAAGAAGCAAUGGAAAAACAAGUGUGCCAUAAAUGAAAGUCAGAGGCCACCAGAUCGUUCAAAAAUGACUAUGAGAGACUUCAUAUAUUACCUGCCAGAUAACAAUCCAAUGACUUCUUCACUGGAACAAGAAAAGAAAACUGAAAAAUCGUUGACACCAGUCCAGACAAGAGAGCAAGAAAGUAAGAGUACUCCUGAGGCUGAAGAUGAGGAUGAAGUCGAGGAAGAGAUGGACGAAGGACCAUUGCUGGUUCCUCGAGUGAAAGUGGCAGAAGAUGGUUCUAUUAUUUUGGAUGAAGAAAGUUUAACUGUAGAAGUUUUAAGGACAAAAGGUCCCUGUGUUGUUGAGGAAAAUGAUCCUAUCUUUGAGCGUGGUUCUACGACUACAUAUUCCAGCUUUAGGAAAAACUAUUAUUCUAAACCAUGGUCAAAUAAAGAAACAGAUAUGUUCUUUUUAGCCAUCAGCAUGGUGGGAACUGACUUUUCUAUGAUUGGACAGCUUUUUCCUCACAGAGCAAGGAUAGAAAUUAAGAAUAAGUUUAAACGUGAAGAGAAAACAAAUGGCUGGAGAAUAGACAAGGCGUUCCAGGAAAAGCGCCCUUUUGACUUCGAUUUUUUUGCUCAUUUGCUUCAGAAAGUUCUUGCUGAAGAAGAGAAAAGAAAACAAAAAUCCGUUAAAAAUCAGAGUUUAAAGGAGAAGAAAUCCUCUAAACCACGAAAAAAUGUAAAAGUGAAAAAAGUUGCUAGUGAAGGAGUGAAUGAUGAUGCAGCUGAGUCUGUGAGCACUAAAAUUCCAGACCCAGAAGGAUCUCAAAAGGAUGCUCAGACGGCUGGAGAAGAAGAAGAGUCUCUGACUUUAUCGGGACAGGAUUCAGAACAGAUUGUGUUAGAACCAAACUUAAAUCAAAACAAAAGGAGAAGGAAGACUCAGGAUGAAGUUGGUAAACAGGAAGUACAAAAUCUUUCAGGAAAUGCCACUGUUCAGUCAGGCCCUUCCAAAGGAGAAAAACACAAAGAUAAAUGUCAGUCUUCAAGGCCUGAGAUAAAUGAAGGUGAAGGCAAUAAGGAACAGAAGCUCUCCUGUGUACAGAACAUAGAUGAUGUUGUGGAUUUAUCCUCCAGUGAAAAGGUUGAGGAAAAAACUGACUGUAUCGUUUCAUUAAGCAGUCAACCAGAUGCCGUGUCAGUAGCAGCUGAGACUCCAGGAUCAAGCACUUCGGAUUUGCCUUCAUCAGAGGUUGGAAUUAGAGCUCUGUGUGAGGUGAAUGAUGCUGAGAACAGUUGUACAGAAGGGAGACAUGCUGACCUAAAAAAUAAAUCCCCGGAAACAGAUCAAAGAGAAAAUGUCAAACCAGUGGCAAGAGGACGACUCCAGAGACCUAAACCCAAUUUAUCAAGGGCAAUUGGGAAGAAACCAGCCAUUUCACAAGGUAAAACAGAUGCAGAGAGCGAGAGUUUACACCCAGAAACUUCCAUGGAAAAGAAUCACUUGGAAAAGGAUAAAAGGAACACAUUUGACAUUUCUGAAACAGAGAAUACAGAGGGAGAGAACCCAGAAGCUGAGACUGUAUCUAAUUCAAGUGAAAAAAUUUGUCUGCAGGAAGAUGAUCAACCAAAGGCUUUCAGGCCUACACGGCUAACGAGGGGCCGAUUGCGGAGGCCAAAGCCAAAUGUUGGUAAAGCUGCCGAAAGAAAAGAAAUUCUUCCAUCACAGGAAAAAAUUGGGGCCAAUGUAGAAAACAGUGCAAAUGAAUCCUCUGUUGAUAGAGGUACUCCGGAACAAAUUGAAGAUCAGUCAUGUCAGAAUGUUGAGUGUGAAGACAUCACAUCACAGUCUGAGGAAAAAGGUACUUCUUUUCAAAAUGUGCAGCCAGAUGAGCCCACGACUCUUAAUGAAUGUGUGAGUAUUCAAGAGGAUAAUAAAGCAAAUACACUCAAACAAGUCCCAAUGGUAAAGACUCGAUUUCAGAAACCAAAGCCAAAUGUAGGAAGAGGGAUUGGAAGAAGAAAAAUUUUCUCAAAGGAAGAGGUGUCAGAGGAGAUUCUUACCUCUGGGGAAAUGACAACAGCUUUGAGAGAAGUUGCAAGACUGGGAGCCUCCCCAAGGGAGAACGGACCAGUGGAGGCUAAUACUACUGAGGAAAUGAAAUCAGAUUUGACAGAGACUGAAAGAAGAGGCGUUUCUCCCAUGGAGAAGACACCGGAAAUGAUUGACAUCACUGUGGACAUGGAGACGGGUUUGGAUGAAACUGGAAGAGGGGUUUCCCUAAGGGACAGGGUACCAGAGGUGACUGCUGCCACUGAGGAAAGAAAGACAGAUUUGGAAGAAAAUGGAAGAAGAGAACUAUCCCUAGAGGAAAAGGCCCCAGAGGUGGUCAGCACUGUAGGUGACAUGGAGACAGGUUUGGAAGAAACUGGAAGAGGGGUUUCCCCAAGGGACAAGGUACCAGAGGUGACUGAUGCUGCUGAGGAAAGAAAGACAGAUUUGGAAGAAAAUGGAAGAAGAGAAAUAUCCCUAGAGGAAAAGGCCUCAGAGGCGGUCAGCACUAUAGGUGACAUGGAGACAGGUUUGGAAGAAACUGGAAGAGGGGUUUCCUUAAGGGACAAGGUACCAGAGGUGACUGAUGCCACUGAGGAAAGAAAGACAGAUUUGGAAGAAAGUGGAAGAGAAAUAUCCCUACAGGAAAAGACCCCAGAGGCGGUCAGCACUGUAGGUGACAUGGAGACAGGUUUGGAAGAAACUGGAAGAGGGGUUUCCACAAGGGACAAGGUACCAGAGGUGACUGAUGCCACUGAGGAAAGACAGACAGAUUUGGAAGAAAGUGGAAGAGAAAUAUCCCUAGAGGAAAAGGCCCCAGAGGCGGUCAGCACUAUAGAUGACGUGGAGACAGGUUUGAAAGAAACUGGAAGAGGGGUUUCCACAAGGGACAAGGUACCAGAGGUGACUGAUGCCACUGAGGAAAGAAAGACAGAUUUGGAAGAAAGUGGAAGAGAAAUAUCCCUAGAGGAAAAGGCCCCAGAGGCGGUCAGCACUAUAGAUGACGUGGAGACAGGUUUGAAAGAAACUGGAAGAGGGGUUUCCCCAAGGGACAAGGUCCUAGUGGGGAUCAAUGCCAUAGGGGGAAAGGAGGUUGAUUCGAAAGAAACUGGAAAAGGAGCCAUUUCCCUGACAGAAAAGGUUUUGGGAAAGACGACUGCCGUUGAGGAAACCCAGGCAGAUUUGGAAGAAACUGGAAGAGAAAUUUCCUUGAGGAAAAGUAGAUCAGAAGAGACUAGUACCACUGAGGAAAUGGUGGCAGAUUUGGAAAAAACUGGAAAAAUAGACAUUUCUCUAAGGGGAAAUGUACCAGAGGAGACUGGAAUCUCAAGACAAACUGAGACAGAUUUAAUGGAGAGCAUUAGAGCUGUCGGUAGUGCUCUGCCAUCGCUGAAUCUCCAAAACAUCGGCAGUGAAGCACUACUGGUGGUGCCUGUACCUGGAGAAGAAGAAAGAAGUUCUGAAAAGGAAGGCUCAAGUCAGCUGAGUCAUUUGAAGACGUCUUCACAGACUCCUGAACUUGGUGAAACAGAAGACCAGGGGAUGCUAUCUCCAGACGCUCCAGAGCGGUUUUCAGAUGCUAAUUUAAGCAAAUCUCUUCCUCAAGAACAGAAGCCACUUGAAGUUAAACCAGCACCUUUUGUGAGAAGUCGAUUCAAAAGACCAAAGCCAAACUUAGCGAGAGCAGCUUUAAAGAGAGAGAUGACGGAAACAGGAAUGUCUGUGCCUGGGAAGAAAUUGGAAACUGGUAAAACGGAGACUGGUGUGAUACAGCAGAGCAGGGAACAGACAAACAUGCUCCCUUCUCAACACGAUGUGGCUUUCCUAAUGACAUCAAGAGAAAAAGAUGGAUCAGGUCCCAGGCCGGAGGAGGCUGUGGUAUCACCCUGUGUGCAGAUUGAAAAGGACUUGUCGUCGCCCAGCUUUUGUGAACCUGUGGAGGAGUCCCAGGCUGCACGAGCCCAGGGAGAGGAAGGAGUAGUUUCCGUGAGGACUCAGAAUAUAAACACUUUCCAACAAGAAAUGAAGGAAAGUGUUACCCAAACUGCUCCAUCAGUACGGGGCCGACUUCAAAGACCCCGACCAAACAUAAGAAAGGCUGGACAGAGGCAGAGAGUAGAGAAAGGUGAAGCCGAAGGCAUAGUCGAGGAAGAAAGAACGGUAGUGCAGAAAGAUGAAACUGAAAAGAAGUUCCUGACUGGGGCAAAUUUUCAAAUUGGAACUGAAGUUGAAGUUGUACCUUCCAAAGUUUCAGAAGGUGGAAUGUCUGAAAAUCAGAGUCAUGUGGUUCUUGUAGGAAACCUUCCUGUUAACAAAGUCAGUGUUUUAGAUGAAAAGACGAGACACGAACAUGAAACGUGUGUUCCUGGUCCAGCACAGUUGAUAAGAAGGCGAUUCCAAAAGGCUGGGCCAAAUUUGGGAAGAGCUCAUGGUGAGAAAGAAGCAGCAGCUGUAGAAGAAGACAGAGCAGAGCAGAGCAAGGCCAAGAAGCCAGAAGAUGAUUUGCUGGACCAGGAAGAUUCUGACACCCAGCUCCUGCAGAAAGAAAAGGCUGAGUUUCUGACAUCUCUGGCGGUUUCAGCAAGAAAAGAUUCUGUAGGUUCCAGAGAGGCUGUUUGGGCUAAAAAAGAUGCUGAGUCAUCACGAGCCGCUGGGGAUAAGUCUGCGUCUUCAGGUGUUGAAGAGCAGCAUCUCAGUAAACUCACAAGCUGUCCACAACUGUUAAAAGAGUCAGACUACUCUAAAAUUGCUCUGGAUCAAAGAACAACUGUCUCUUCUGCCUCUGAGUGUGAGGGAGGUCGUAGUGAGAGGAGAACGCAUCGGAAGAGCAAGCCAAAUGUCACCAAAGGACGUGGAUCAAAGCGAAUCCGGACUAAGACCUCUAAGAAGGGACCCAGAGCUUCCAGGGCCGUGCUGGUGACUCUUCGGGCUUCCCAGGAAGAAGAUGAAGACGACACUGAAGAUUUUGAGUGUGACUAUGAGGAAGAAACCUAUCACCUUGCUCCAGAAGAAGUAAACAAAGCUCCAGUGUUUGUACCCGUUGGUCUCAGAUCUCCUGAACCUGUCUCUGCUCAGAUUGAGGAAACGAUGGAAGAGCUUGAAAUAACCGUGAAUGUCCCUGAUGUUGGAUGCAUAACUGUUGAUGAACCUCAGCUCUUACACACGGAUGCGGCUACUCAGGAAAUGAAGCAGGGAGAUUUGAACUCAUUAUCACUUGAAAUGACGACAGGUGGACAUACCCCAGAUGAAACAGGUGCCAAUGAUGGAAGCACUGAAGCCGCCAUAACUUUACUUACAAUGGGAGAUUUAGUGUUGCAGUCGGAGAUCAGUACAGAACAGAGUGAUGUAGGAGUAUGUGUACUUCCUGAUGGUCAUUCAAAGGAUAAAAGCCAUAUUCCUUUUAGCCCAGAUAAUGUAGAUCACAGAAUUGUUCAUGAAUGUCAGGAGCUUCCGUCAGCUGUCAAUAGUGCAUCUCCUUCAUUAGAAGAAAACAAGAUUGUAUUGGAGGAGCAAAGUUCUAAAGAAGAAAGUGGUUUAGUGGAGAAUGUGAAGGAAAACACUGUACCAGCCAGGAAUGCAACUUCUGAAGUGACGGGUAAUUUGAGAAUGAGAAGUAGACUUGCCGAGCCUAAACCAAAUCUUAGGAUUUUAGGGACCAGGAGGUUUGGUGCUCAUCAGGAAGUUCCCGGUUUGUUUGUAACCAAAGGAGAAGAAGUGGACAUUCAAAGAGAAACUGAGAAAAAUGUUUCUAAAGCAACAGAAUUAGAAGAUAAAAACCUUGGCUCAGUUACAACAGCAGAGAGUAAGGAGCAGAGCAGAUCGGCGCGGGUACAUGGUAUCGAAGAGAGCAGUGUUUCGAAAGAAGCCCAGCUAACUGGAAGAAAUGAAGAUCAGGAAGAAGGCUGUCAUGAGGGUCGGACCUUGUCAGUGGCUCCAGUUGUUUCCUUUGAGACAAGGCCCCAUGCGUUUGGCUUGGCUCAGGGUCUCCACGAGGGUGCUGUGGAGGAGGCCCUGAGGAAGGGUGCUGAUGGAGAUGGUGUGCUUACGCUCCGUGUGCCGCAGUGUACACCAGCUAGCAUUCCGGAAGUCCAACAGGAGAAUGUAAUCCCGCCUCAAGACCUAACAGUGAAUCUAGUUGCUAACAUGCAUCAAGAUGGUGAGGAGGAACAAGCGUUCAUUUUAACUCUGGUGGAAAUUCCAACCAGUGCAGUCGAAGAAUUUACUGAUCCCACCGUGCAGUUAACGCCAAGCCCUCUGCUGCCAGCGCCCAUACUGGUCAGAUCGGUGAGCACGGAAGAAAGGGGUGACAUGAGUAUGAGCUUUCCAGUAGCCUCAGUUGGUCAGGACGCCAUGUGUUUAUCAGAUUCUGGAAGAGAGGAUUCUGAAGAGCCUCCUGCUAGUUUGGAUCUUGUAUCUAGGAAGAGGUUUCAUUGUAGGCUUGAUGACAGUGACCAUGUUCCUCCUGCCAAAAAAAGUGCCCUCCUUUCAAGAGACACUUGUCAAAAAUACACCUCCGAGGUGUGUUCAAAGGAAUUAAUAAAUGUUUUUGAGGAAACAGGGGAGCCUUUCAGGGGACAAGGUGUCUUCCCUCCUUCAGGAAGAACACACACAACUCCAGAACCUCAGAAGGAGCAACUUGAAUCCGCUUUCCAGAGUCUAGAAUCCAGAUGCCUUGAUAAAGUAACAGAUACACAUAUCGAAAAGAACACACCUCAGAUACCUCAGGCUGAGAGGACUGUGUCUGAUAAGGACGAAGGAAGUUGUGCUGCUCCUAAGUCUGAACAGAUGGACAGCAUCGCAUCAUCUUCAAAAGCCCCGCUCUCUAGACCUGGCAGGAGACCCCUGGGAUUUUUGUCCUUAAUAUGUUCGAAGAAUGGCCUGGAGUCUGAUGAGCCUUCUCAGGUUCAUAGUAAGAAACGCUUAAAACCUCUGAUACCUGUGUCAAGACAGAGUUUGAAAAGAUCAAAUCCACCCAGUGAAGGCCAGAAAAAAAUUCAGGAGUCCUCUGCUCUGCUUCCAUCUCCAAAGGUUGUGGUUGAUACUCAGUCUGAGAACACUGGCGGUUCAGCAGCUCAGGUUUCUUGUGAUCACCCGUUGCCCAAAGAAGAAGGUAAAAGUGUCCGAAACCGAGCACCUGAAGGGGAGCCAACCACAGUCUCUGAGUAUUUCUUUAGUGAUAUCUUUAUCGAAGUGGAUGAAACAGAAUAAAAGUUUUUUUUUUAAGUCUAGGAUUUCCAAAGUCAGUUAUAUCAACAAAGCAGUAUAUACAACAAAGAACCCCGGCUCUUUUUCUCUAGAUUGAUUUUGAAUAUUUAAUAAGCUUGACUUGAAGUUUUAUCAUCAGUGGAAAACAUUGCUGAGAUUCCUUUCAUUCUGAUUUAUUCCGCAUUCUGGAGACACCAAGCAGGUAAACGUGCUUUCUCAGACAGAAACAGCAGCUCUUGUUUACAUGCUGGCUCUGCAGUGUCCAGCACAUGUGGACAUUUUGAAAUAUUGUGGAUAACGUCUCUGUGUGAAUGAAUACCCAUCGCAGUGCUGACGUGUUUGGAGGUGGAGUGUCCGGGACAUUUAGCCAACUUCAUCUGUGCAGGUUUUUCUGUUUGUUUGGGUUGGUUUUGGGUGAUGAAGGCCUUCUCCAUAGCCUCUCGGUGCAUGAAAGCAGAUUGUGAAGCUCCAUGUCUGUACGGUAAAUGGUGACACCUUCUCCAGUAUCAGCUGUCUGACUGACUGAAAAUAGGUAUUUUUCUAAUUCGUGUUGAUGGAACAUUAGUCCUAAUUUGAAGAACUAGUAUUUAAAUUUAUUAUUUAUAAAGACAAAACGUCAAAAAGCUUAUUUAUUUUUAAAUUUUUAUUUAAAAGAAUAUUCAGUUUUAAUUAUUUUCACCCCUCAGAUUAUGGGUAAAGAAGGCAUUAACAAAUUUAUGUUUGUCUCCUUUCCCUCUUUAAUUUUAAAGAUAUUUAAAGUGAUAUAACUAAAAGUGUUUGGAUAGUGUAUAUGCUUUGAAUACAUUUUUUUCUCAUUCUUUAGUAUAUUGAUUUUGUACUGUGAAGUUUUUGUUUUUGUUUCUUGCAUAAUCUCAGGAUUUGUAUGGGAAAAAACCCUUUAACUUCAUUUAUGAGGCAGAUUUCCAUACAAAACUCAAUCUCCUGUACACACACAUACAGUUGCGCGCACACAUUCCUCUUUUUAAAACACAAUUUCUUGAUAGUUGUUUCCCCCAUUAACUUCUGCUUAAGGAACGCUUAGGCCUUUAAGCUUAGAACAUAAUUGUGAUGUUAAAAACAGAAAAUAAGAUAGCAAUAAGACUUUAAGUCAGUGAUCAUCAUCAACAUGAAUUUGAGUUAUUUUUAAUUUCAAGAUUUUGUGAUUUACUAGGUGAUUCUGUUAUCCACCCAAGCAAAUCUUUAGUUGUUCAAAUUAAACUUCUCAAAGAGCAGGUUUAUUCUUUUAUUGGAAACCCUCCUGGGUUGAUAAUACAUUAGAUCAGGAGUCAGAAACAUUUUAUGCAAAAUAUUUUUGAGUGUGUGGGCCAGAAGGCCUCUGUGGCAACUACCCAGUUGUGCCAUUUCAGUGUGGAAACAGGCACACGUAGUUCAAUGGUAGAUGUGGCUAGAUUGGGCUUUUAGUCUGAUCCCUACGUUGGACAGUAAUGUUCUUACCUUCAGGUGCUGACAUCUUUAUCUGUGAGAUAUUUGUCAUUGAAGUUAUGCGUUGUGCCUAACAAAACUGUUGAUUGCAUUAUGAAAUGAUCACUAUUUUAAUUGGGAAGAUAUUUUAAAAGUCUAGAUAAUUAUAUUUGUAUGUUGAAAAAAUUGGUGGCCGGUUUUCAAGUUCAUUGGUAAAACAGGAUGUGACUCGGCAAGUCUAACAGUAAUCCUACUUUAUUAAAACAGUUGACAUUAUAGCCUUUCUCACUCAUUGCCCUACAGUGAAACUUACAGUGUAACUUUUUGUCAUAAAGGAGGAUCUGUGAACCUGAGUGGAAAUUCUCUAUAGGUAUGCAUUUAUUUAUUUUGUGUGAUUAAUGUGUCACAAAAAUCAUGGUAGUAAAUCACAUUGCUAUUUUAAUGCCCUGUUUUUAUAAAUUUUUUAAAAUCCCAUAUUCUAAAAAGGUUUCUUUCACUUAAUUAAUGUUAGUUUGGAUGUUAGGCUACCACAGUCAAACUAUUAUUUUAUCCCUUGUAUAAUACUUAUUUUUUAACUUUGUUAACAUCCGUCUCUUGCACAUCUACAACAAAUUAACUUUAUGGAAGGUGUAACUUCUUACUGUAUAAAGAAUCAUGUUAUCUUUGGGCAGUCGUUGCAUUCGAGAAUCAAGUCAGCCAGAUAAAUUAUCUUACUGUUGUAUCCUUAAAACUAACCAUGGAAAAAGAGAAACUUAAUCACUGUAUUUACCUUACAAGGUGGAGAGACCUGUUCACACCUGUGUUUAAUCUGAUUCAUGUAAAGAUGAUGUUGUGACGAAUUUGCAGUAUAUAAAUCUUUAAGGAGAUAUGAUUAAAGGUCUUUAUUUUUUCUUGGCUUUUCCUCCUGAACACUUACGUCUUAGCAAGUCAUCAACAUAAUGGUUUAAAAGCCUAAUUGUUGGUAAAUGAUUGAGGCACAGAUAGAACUAUGAAUAUCCACUGUUUACCACCAUGUUAUUUGAAAUAGAAGUGACCAUGUAUACUCUCUUGCUUGAAGAAGUCUGACGAAAAAGCAGUAUCUGUCAUUUGUAAAUUUUCUUGUUCUAAAGAAAGCAGUUAUGUUCUAUAGAUAUAAAUUAUGUAAAUAAAAGUUAUUUUAUACUA